UCUCCUCAUAUCACACACUACUUAUUCAUCCUCCUCCUCCUCCUCCUCUCCAACCCACUAAUUAAUUAUUCAAUUCAAGACAAAGAAAGAUGGAUCCAACAUCACCACCAGCUUCCCUGCGUGGCGCCAACAACAGCAUGAUCAGGGCGGCGAUAAUGGCGGUCGUGGUGGGGCUCUUGGCCGGAUACCUCUUCUUGUGGGUGAUGAUGCCCACAUACACCUAUAGGCAGACUUGGUUGCCCCACCUCCGAGCUCAUACCACUUCCACUUACUUUGGAACCACCCAAGGUGCAACUUAUUUGGUGUUCACGUUCCCGGUUCUACUUAUUGCUCUCUUCGGCUGUCUCUACCUUCAUCUAUCAAACAAAUCAAUACAUAUUCAUGAUCACACUCACAGCAAAGCCAACGGAGACCGUCGAUUCGCAAUCUGGAAGAGGCCCAUGAUCAUCCAAGGAUUGGGGAUAGUGUCUCGGAUUGAGCUUGCAUUUUUCCUCAUGUUCAUUGCUCUUCUUGUUUGGAAUUUGGCUAACUACUUGCACCUCAGUUUUGAAAAUAUUACACCAAAAUCAGCUGCAGAAACUGGAGAAAAACUGUGGGAAGCGAAGCUGGACACAGCGGCCCUCCGCCUUGGACUGGUAGGAAACAUAGCCUUGUCAUUCCUCUUCUUCCCGGUGACACGUGGCUCGUCGGUGCUGCCUCUUUUUGGGCUCACCUCCGAGGCUAGUGUCAAGUACCACAUAUGGUUAGGCCAUAUUGUCAUGAUGUUUUUCACAGCCCAUGGCCUUUGUUACAUCAUCUUUUGGGCCUCCACACAUCAAAUUUCUGAGAUGCUGAAAUGGGAGAAAACUGGGAUAUCCAAUGUAGCUGGAGAGCUAUCCCUAUUAGCCGGACUGAUGCUGUGGGGUGCGACAUUCCCCCGGAUAAGGAGGAAAACAUUUGAGCUCUUCUUCUACACUCAUCACCUCUACAUUCUCUUUCUCAUCUUCUUUGUGCUCCAUGUUGGCAUCAGUUAUGCUUGCAUCAUGCUCCCUGGCUUCUUCCUCUUCAUGAUCGAUCGCUAUCUCAGGUUCUUGCAAUCUAGACGAGGCGUUCGUCUCUUGUCCGCCAGAGUUCUGCCCUGUCAAACUGUUGAACUCAACUUCUCUAAGAGUAAAGGUUUGAGUUACACUCCUACCAGCAUCAUGUUCUUGAAUGUCCCUAGCAUUUCUAAGCUGCAGUGGCAUCCUUUUACCAUUACUUCAAGCAGUAAUCUGGAGUCUGAUAAGCUCAGUGUCAUUGUAAAGGUAGAGGGAAGUUGGUCUAAUAAGCUCCACCAGUUGCUCUCUUCUCCUUCACCCGUUGAUCGGCUUGAAGCUUCCGUUGAAGGGCCUUACGGACCUCCUUCAACCGAUUUUCUAAGGCAUGACCUGUUGGUCAUGGUCAGCGGAGGUAGUGGAAUAACCCCGUUUAUCUCCAUCAUCCGGGAGCUUGUCUACACAGGCGAAAUGUUGAAACUCAAGACCCCAAAAGUCCUCCUGAUCAGCGCAUUCAAGAACUCUACCGACUUGACCAUACUAGACCUGAUCCUCCCUAUUUCUGGUGCCCCAUCAGAGAUUUUCAAGUCAGGGUUGCAGAUUGAGGCCUACGUAACGAGAGAAAAACACUCGACUACUCAAGAAACAAAGCUCGUUCGCACCAUCUGGUUCAAGCCUAAUCCAUCUGAUGCACCAAUGUCUCCCAUUCUAGGCCAAAACAAUUGGCUCUGGCUCGGUGCCAUAAUCUCGUCAUCCUUCAUAAUCUACCUCAUUUUCAUUGGCAUUUUGACACGAUACUAUAUAUACCCCAUUGAUCACAACACUAAUACCAUCUACCGCUCUGCCUCAAGAGCUCUGCUGCACAUAUUAUUCCUAUGCAUUGGCAUCGUUAUCGCUGCAACCACCGUUUUCCUUUGGAACAAGAGUGGAAAUGCAAGGGAAAGUGUACAAAUACAGAACUUGGAGGGGGCAACUCCUCAGGCCUCACCAAAUUCAUGGUAUUAUAAUGCAGACAGAGAGUUGGAGAGCUUGCCUCAACAGUCACUGUCCCAAUCUAUCAACGUGCACUAUGGUGAAAGGCCUGACCUCAAAAGAUUUCUGUUCGAGCGCAAGGAAUCAAGUGUUGGGGUUCUUGUCUGUGGUCCGAAGAAAAUGAGACAUGAGGUUGCAAACAUAUGUUCAUCUGGUUUGGCAGCUAAUUUGCACUUUGAGUCCAUCAGCUUUAGUUGGUGAUUUUUAUCAUCAUUUUCUAUACAGAGAAGAUGCAAAACUGGCCUCAUUCUGCUGAGUUUGGGAUUUUUUUUUUCUGGUUUUCUUAUCUUUUUCUUGUUUCCUCUUCUUUUUGGUCGAUGAGGCUGUUCAAACACGACCUGUAAAUGGGGAAGAUAGGUUUUCUUCCUUUGUGUAACAUGCAAACAUGAAUAACACCAAAUGUCGUACCAUGUUUUGUUGAAAAAGGCUUCACUUCUAGGCGAUCGAUGAAUGCAUGUUAAAGAAUUAAUAGCAAGACAUACUAUGAAAUAUGUGUA